CUGAGCCGCGGCGCGCCGCGGGGACGGGCACUAAGACCGCACCGCCUCCAUUUCCUCUGAGGGUGGAUGCAGAAGAGGAGGAGACCUCCAGGCACGGGAGGAGAAGGCGAGGAGGGGAGCGGAGCUAUGCUAAAGCGGGGGUACAGCUGAGGCAGAGAGGGCGAGAGGAAGGGGCUCUCCCGCGGACGGCGCGCAGGCGGCAGGCGCGGAGCUCGCACGCAGCCCUCAGGCGCAGGCGGCCAUCCCCGCGGCGGUCGGUCCGAUGAACAUGUCAGUGUUGACUUUGCAAGAAUACGAAUUUGAGAAGCAGUUCAACGAGAAUGAAGCCAUCCAGUGGAUGCAGGAGAACUGGAAGAAAUCAUUCCUAUUUUCAGCUCUGUAUGCUGCCUUUAUAUUUGGUGGUCGGCACCUAAUGAACAAACGAGCAAAAUUUGAACUGAGGAAACCACUAGUGCUCUGGUCCCUGAGCCUUGCUGUCUUCAGUAUAUUCGGUGCUGUUCGAACUGGUGCUUAUAUGCUGUACAUUUUGAUGACCAAAGGCCUGAAGCAGUCAGUGUGUGACCAGGGUUUUUACAAUGGACCUGUCAGCAAAUUUUGGGCAUAUGCAUUUGUGCUAAGCAAAGCACCUGAACUAGGAGAUACAAUAUUCAUUAUUCUUAGGAAACAGAAGCUCAUCUUCUUGCACUGGUACCAUCACAUUACUGUGUUGCUUUAUUCUUGGUAUUCUUACAAGGAUAUGGUGGCUGGUGGUGGCUGGUUUAUGACCAUGAACUAUGGAGUACAUGCCGUUAUGUACUCGUACUAUGCCUUGCGGGCCGCUGGCUUCAGAGUCUCACGCAAGUUUGCCAUGUUCAUCACCUUAUCACAGAUCACUCAGAUGUUGAUCGGUUGUGUAGUUAAUUACCUGGUCUUCUCCUGGAUGCAGCAGGGCCAGUGCCAUUCCCAUGUUCAGAACAUCAUCUGGUCCUCUCUCAUGUACCUCAGCUACUUUGUGCUCUUCUGCCAUUUUUUCUUUGAGGCCUAUAUCGGCAAAACCAGAAAAACAAGGAAGGCUGACUAGUGGUAGAAACGAGACAGAAGCCAUAGCUCAGGGUCAUCAAGAAAAACAAAAUUAUAAGAAAAGAAAAUGGCACAAGGAAACACAUAUAUAUGUAUGGUGCAGCUAAAACUUGGCAGCUUAGGGAAAGUUAGCUUGGUUUAACCCAGUAAGUUUAUGAUCCUAUCAUGGUGAGGACUCACUGAAUCUACUCUAUCUCAAAGGACUGCUGAUGAAAGACAACUUCCUUCUUGUACCUGUCUGCUCUAGAAAGGAAAGCAAAGCAAAGAGAGAAAGAAAAAGAAAAAGAAGAAAGGAGAAGAGAGAUAAUGCUGUGGAAGAAAAGCAUAUUAAAUAAGCAUUGUGUUUCCCUGGGAUGGAAGAGAGACUUUCAUUCAAAAAAAAAAUCAUUUCUAUAUCCUUUCUAAUAAUUUUUCAGUGUUAAACUGGAACAAAACAAAGCAGGAAGGUGACAAAAAAUUCUCUCUAUGAUAACAGUAGGAUUUAAAAAUUAAAAUCUUUUCCAUAAGGGGUUGAUACCUUUAGCCAAAAUGAAAACAAAAAGGAUGACUUGAACAUCUGUAUGGAAAGUGAUUGAACUCCAUUGUGGUCAUAAGCGGAAAUGCGAACAGAUUGAUUUCUCCACUAUGUACUCUGCCAAGUGGGCAGAUCCGUACUGCAGAAUCACCUCUUUCAGAAGGCAGAAAGGAGCAGUACUUUUACAAGAGUUUAAUGUGAAAAGAUGCACUGUUGCAAUACAUAUCUCAGCGAGUGCAUUUCCAAGUGCAUUUUUCAGUUAAAGGCAAGGAAUUUCUGCAGCAGGAUAAGUCAUAGAGGGUUAAAUCAAUGAAUAUUUGUUAAAUUACCGGGGGCUAAUAGCAGAGGAAUGUUCAGGAAGGAGAGGGAGAGAACUGCCCUAACACGAUUUUUAAAAAUUGUUAGUCUCAAAUUAACCUGCAGUGACACUGAAUUAAAUGGGGAAAAUCAGAAGAAAACCUAGUUAGAGAGAAGAGAGCGAUAUAUCUAUGUACUGUUUUCAGAACAGAGCCCUGUGGUACAAUACAUAUGUUAUAUUUUUGUGAACUUCAGGAUAAAGGAAUAUCAGCAUCGGUAGGAACCCGUAGCAGGACUGUGCGACAUUGGGUAACACUGUGCUUCUGCAUUUGCCUCUUGGCAAUGCAAAGAUGUUUAAAGUGCCCUCCUCUGGUCAUGUGGAGAUACUACUACAAAACAUACUUGGAAUAGGUUUUUCUUGAGAUUUGUAUAGAAAAUUAGUCUAAAUGGAGUAAUUUUGCUGCAACAGCUUAACUCUAAUGUCCAGAGAGAAUUAUCCUUCAUUAAAUAUAUAUACAUAUAUCUCUGCAGAAUCUGUACUGUAACAUCAGACUGACCACUUAAGAAGAUUCUCUCUUCUCUCGAGUCAGUUACAGAUAUAAGGAGAAAUCUAUUUCACUCUGAACCUUAGAGAGUUAGUUGGUAACAGCCAUAUUCUUUCAAAGACAAGUAGACUGCAUUAUCUGUAAUAUUCCAGUCCUUACAAAGCCAAAUAAAAUGUGUAAAAGUUCCUAGUAUUUCAAAGACGCAAGUAUGUAAACUUGAUGUUAAAUGUGUUAAUGUAGUAUUCUAAAUUGUAUCAGUUAGAUAGUUUAACUAAACAAUUAGAAGAACUAGAUCAACAAAAUAGGGACUGCUGUUCUGCAUAGAAUAUACACACCUAUAACUAUACCCAUAUACACAUUAUGUGAAUUGUCAACAAGAGAAAAAAGCCCAGUGGCAGAGAAUCACAUUUCCUGGCUAAUGCAAAAGAUUGUCAUUAUCUAUCUUGCUUUAAUAUGAGAUUGUACAGUACAAAGGGUUUCUUUUUAAUUAUGAUUUUUAGCUUUAAUUGUGCUGUCAUUCAUGAAACAGAGCUGCUUUAGUAUCCUGUUAAGAGAUGACAAGGGCUUUCGGUGUCUCAUUAUACACGAAAGAAAAACAAAUAAAGUUACAUUCCAUAUUAUGUGAAUGGUCUUACAACAAAUCCAAAAGCCUUUGUAGGCUAAAAUCAUAAUUAUAACAAGCAGAAAAUACGUUUA